CGCUCCAAACGAACAGCGCAGAAGAGGAAACCUGUCAGGUGAUAGAGGGAAUUGUUUAUGUUGUUUGCUAACCAGUGCAAGCGGAUUUGUUAGAUUUAUGUAGUGAAUAACUCGAUUGUUCAGUUAAUUAUGUUUUUUGGAUAAUCCUGUUGACGACGACAGCGUAUCACAUUUUCCCGUUGAUGUGAAGCAGCUAUCUCAGUUUGCAAACUGGACACAGUAUGCAGGACGCCGUGACCGCGGCCGUGAGGUUUUCGCUGUACAGCAAUGGCAGCGCGUUCCCCACCGCGAUGGAGAACGUCUCCGUGUUACCUACCUGGGAUCCAGACACAGAAACAAAUGUAACCAAGCCAAACAAGUGUCUGCAAGUCCUCUAUGAAGACAUCAGCAACUCCAGGGUGAGGUUCUGGGACCUAUUGCUGCUGGUGCCCAAUGUGGCAUUCUUCAUAUUUCUGUUGUGGAAGCUGCCGUCCGCCAGAGCCAAGAUCCGCCUGGUUUCCAGCCCCAUCUUCAUUACCUUCUAUAUACUGGUGUUCGUUGUGGCAGCAGUCGGAAUCACUCGUGCUAUAGUGUCCAUGACUGUCAGUGCCUCCAGUGCUGCUACCAUUAUUGACAAGGUCCUGUGGGAGAUCACUCGCUUCUUCCUCCUGACGAUCGAGCUGAGCGUCAUCAUCCUGGGGCUGGCCUUCGGGCACCUGGAGAGCAAGUCAAGCAUCAAGCGCGUUUUAGCCAUCACUGCAGUCUUGGCCCUGGUGUACUCCAUCACACAGGGCACUCUGGAGAUCCUGUAUCCCGAUCAGCACCUAUCUGCAGAAGACUUCAACAUCUAUGGCCAUGGGGGGCGCCACUUCUGGCUCGCCAGUUCCUGUUUUUUCUUUCUGGUUUAUUCUCUGAUAGUGAUCCUGCCCAAGACCCCUGUGAGAGAGAGGAUAUCCCUGCCAUCCAAGAAGAGCUUCUACGUGUACGCGGCCAUCCUGUCCGUGCUCAACCUGGUGCAGGGCGUGGGCAGCACCCUGCUGUGCGCGGGGAUCAUCGAGGGGCUCUGCUGCGUGGAUGUGACCACAUUCCUUUACUUCUCCGUGUUUGCGCCUUUGAUCUAUAUCACAUUCCUCAAAGGAUUUUUCGGCUCGGAGCCCAAGAUCAUGUUCUCCUACAAGUCCCAGAUAGACGAGCCCGAUGACACCGACGUGCACCUCCCCCCCACGUACGGCGUGGGCCGGAAGGAGCUGGAGUCGGGGUCCUACUCCAGCACGCAGAUCGACGGGUCUGCUGCCUACCUGGACGACGUGGCGUCCGGGCCCUACACCGUGGGCAGCAUCAACAGCAUCGACAGCGACCGCUGGAGAGCCAUCAAUGCCUAGGGGGGCCAUGGAGGCGAGGG